AUGACCUUCUUGGUCAUCAGCGGCAUCAUCCAGUUCGUCUAUUGCUUCCUCGUUUCAGAUUUCCCUUUUAAUAGUUUUGUGGCCGGGUGAGUCUAAUUUGAGGUUUGGAGUGACCGAGAGCACAGGCAAGGGCAGUAUAUGCGUGCAUACGUGUGUAGCAAUCAACACGUUCGGGUUUUCAGAGGAAAGGGGGCGUGAACGCUUUGGCAGAAGAGAGUGUGUGGCUUGUCGCCACAUGCGACGCCUUGGAUGGAAGCAGAAGCUGGUCGUCCUAUCAUGUGACUCAGCAUUCUCUAUGGCUUAUCGAGAUAGCAAAUCGAACCUCCGCAUGUAUGCGCAUACCCUGGCCUCGCUCCCCAAUCUAGGGCCAGUGCCAAGGGCGAAGCCGCAGCAAAGGUUGUGGUCGCCUUUGGGCCUGCCAUCAAGCUGACAUCAAACCCGUGUCUCCCCCUCUUCGCCAUCUGCGCGCCUCACGACCGCUUGGACGCGCUCACGUUUCUACCAGCUUCGCGAGCACCGUCGGUCAAUUCGUGCUGCUAGCAGCGCUACGUAUUCAAGCCAACGAGUCCAAUUCUUCCGACUUUCCCAAAUCUUCUCCCGAAAGGUGAGUUCAAAAGAGAGGGGGGCCGCGGUGCUGUGCUUCAACUGCGACACCGCGUGACUGUAUUCGCGCGCACCAGGUCUCUCUGCAUUCGCUCGCUCUUCCAUCAUCCUUGCUGAUCCUGACGUUGGUCACCACGGCACACCCCCUUCUCUUUCAAUCUCCCGCUCAUCGCCGCGCCAUACUACCAGGGCAUUCGGCGACUUUCUCUUCUCCAGCAUCGUUUUGCACUUCUUCGUCGUCAAUUUCCUGGGCUGA